CAUGGAUAUGCUCCGUGAGAUCAAUGUCUGUUAGUGUCUCUUGUUGUCUAAGCUACUUGGCUCGAGAACAAAGAAGCAACUUGAUCUCUGGAUGUAUUCCUUCCGACUUGCACAUAUCAUUCCCACCAAUCCGAAGGCAUCAAAUUUCCAUGUUUCCUUCUUGGGUUUUCAAGUCUCUGUUUCUGGCCGUGCAAAGAGAGAGAUCCAGGACGGAUUCUACAUGGGCUGUCAAUCGGUCUGGAGCAUAGGAACAGGCUCGACCUCUGACGCUGUCGAAAAUUCUGCCGGUGCGGGAUGGAAAAGUGUAAUCUGCAGCAGAGCGAGUUUCACGGAUAUUCGAAAUCGGCGCUGGAUAGGGCUUUGAAUAGAAUAGGCGACGAGCACACAUCAUCAUCAUCAUCAAUAGACAUUUCCUCGAGACCUGUCAUCGAUCAAACAAUUAUUCCCUCUCAUGGACAUCUUCUUCUACCCCGACCAAGCUCAAGGGGUUGAAUUUACAUCCAGCGGAGAAAGUCUCAGACGAUGAGAUUUCUACAGUACUUGGACUUGCUCGUAGAGAUGUCACGCUUCGUGUAUACUACGGGACAAAAGUUGGAAAGUUUAGAUACCAUUUUGAAAUUCAACAGUCAGAGAGAUCCUUUCAGCAAAUCAGGCGGUGCCAACAGAAAACAAAGAGUGUGUUAAGACCAGUUCAAGGAUGAAAUGAAAUUAGUUACGAGAGCCACCCCCAACAAUGAAUUUGAAAAGUGUCAUAAAACGAUUAUACUAGU